GAAAAUUGUAAAUAUACACAAAUUGGAUAGUCGAAGCUGUUUACAAACAGCUCCACAACUGGAUUAAAAGGAAAGAAACUUUGCAUUUUGUGUAGCCCCGAAUAAUACCAGCACGCCGACGAAGAAAUGGCGGGUAACUUCUGGCAAAGUUCUCAUCACCAGCAGUGGAUUCUGGACAAGCAGGACUUGAUACGGGAGCGUCAACACGACAUGAAGGCUCUGUCGGAGGAAGAGUAUCAGAAAAUCUUCAUGUUUUUCGCCAACAUCAUACAGGUGCUUGGUGAACAGCUUAAACUGCGCCAGCAAGUCAUCGCAACCGCAACGGUGUACUUUAAGCGCUUUUACGCGCGCAAUUCGCUAAAGUGCAUCGAUCCGCUGCUGCUCGCACCGACAUGCAUCCUGCUGGCGUCGAAGGUGGAGGAGUUUGGUGUUAUUUCCAACUCACGCCUUAUUACCACCUGCCAGACGGUCAUCAAGAACAAGUUCGGUUAUGCCUAUCAGCAGGAAUUCCCGUACCGCACCAAUCAUAUACUGGAGUGCGAGUUCUACCUGCUCGAAAACCUCGACUGCUGUCUGAUCGUGUACCAGCCGUACCGCCCGCUGCUCCAGCUGAUGCAGGACAUCGGGCAGGAAGAGCAACUGCUAACCCUUACCUGGCGGCUGAUCAACGACUCCCUACGGACGGACGUGAGCCUCCUUUAUCCACCGUAUCAGAUCGCCAUCGGAUGCUUGCAGAUCGCGUGUGUGAUUUUGCAGAAGGAACUCAAAUCCUGGUUUGCCGAACUGAACGUCGACAUGGACAAAGUGCAGGAGAUUGCACGGGCGAUCGUAAAUCUGUUCGAAGUGUGGAAGGGAUACGAUGAGAAGAAGGAAAUACAGGCACUGUUGGAGAAAAUGCCCAAACCCAAACCAGCCCCGCAACGGUGAAAUGACGGACAGGGGCAGAAAUACCGGAUGCACUACGAAAAAUCGUCACCUUUUGCGAUGUGAGCUGCAGUUGAUGAAGUCCCACAAAUGUUUGGUCUCUCGCGUAUACAGUAACCAGCAGAACUGAUUCCAUUUAAUUCUCUAGAUUAUAGACAUAUGUGAUUCGGCGACUUUCUAGACGACGCAGAGCAGCAUCUAAACGAAUAAUAAUUUAUUCAAUACUAU